UUGCGAGGCCGGGGUUUUCAUUCAUCAUUUCGAGCAGGUUGGAAGAUGGCCACCACCGAGGUACGGCUUAACCAUACAAUCUACAUCAACAACUUGAAUGAGAAAAUCAAGAAAGAUGAGUUGAAAAAGUCUCUGUACGCCAUCUUCUCGCAGUUCGGACAGAUUUUGGACAUCUUGGUCGCACGAAACCUGAAGAUGAAGGGCCAGGCCUUUGUAAUCUUCAAAGAGAUAAACAGCGCCUCCAAUGCUCUGAGAUCCAUGCAGGGAUUCCCUUUCUAUGACAAACCCAUGCGUAUCCAGUAUGCCAAGCAGGACUCGGAUAUCAUAGCUAAAAUGAAGGGCACUUAUGUGGAGCGUGACCGUAAAAAAGAGAAGAAGAAGACCAAAGGACCUGAUGCUGCAGGAGCUAAGAAAGGUGUGCCAGGAGCUGCUGCACCCAUGGUUGCUGGGGUACCCGCUGCCAUGCCUGGUAUGCCUCCCAUGAGCCAAGCUCCCCGCAUGAUGCACAUGCCAGGCCAGCCGCCUUACAUGCCCCCUCCAGGGAUGAUGCCUCCUCCAGGGAUGGCACCUGGUCAGAUGCCCCCCGGGGCCAUGCCUCCUGGUCAGAUGAUGCCCGGACAAAUGCCUGGACAAAUGCCUCAACAGGUUGCAGAAAAUCCUCCCAAUCACAUCCUCUUCCUCACCAACCUGCCAGAGGAGACAAACGAACUCAUGCUCUCCAUGCUCUUCAACCAGUUCCCUGGGUUCAAGGAGGUGCGUCUGGUCCCUGGUCGCCACGACAUCGCCUUUGUGGAGUUUGAGAAUGAAGUGCAGGCGGGUGCUGCACGAGAUGCACUACAAGGCUUUAAGAUCACACAAACAAAUGCUAUGAAGAUCUCAUUCGCUAAGAAGUAACACCUCUCAGGACCGGCCAUUUUCUUACAUGCGCGCACACACACACACACACACACUCGUCUUUUUUUUUUUUUCUUUUUUUUUAAUGAACAGCAGUGACCCGAAGUAAGAACCACUUUUAUAUACAGUUGCUGAUAAGUGCUGCACGGGUGGUGGAUUUUUUUCUUUCUUCCAGGAUUACAUGUAAGUAUACUUUAUUUCCAUCAAGUUGCUGUGUUUUUAUUGUGCUACAGAACUCUUGACUUAAAAUAAUGGUCAAGUACAUCCAUGAAAAUUAGGAUAAUGAAUUUCACAAAUGUAUUGGUUAUAUAUCUGUUUUAGUUUAUACCUGAAUCCACAAGCAACUUGAUGUACAAAGUUUUUUUUAAACUGUUUGUCAUAAAGCAUUGCACCCAGAGUCUGGUCUACCAGACAUUGUACCUGGAGCUUUUUCCUUUUUAUAAUUAAAAUGUUUCUUGAA